AGAGAGAGGUAGAGUCAGGUCCAGAGUUUGUAGGGGUGCCAAUAAGGGUUUGCAUUGAAUUAGUCAUUUUUGUAGAAUAAAUUUCAAUUAAAGGUUACAUUUCUCUCAUAUUUUCAAAUACAGAGAGAGAGAGACAGAAAAAAGAGAGACAGAGAGAAACAGAUAGAAAGACAGACAGAGACACAGAAUGAGAGUCAGAGAGAGACACAGAGACAGAGAGAGACAAGUAGAGAGAGAGCGAGAGAGAAAUACACCCCGAACACACUCUGAAUACACACCAAACACACACCAAAUACACUCUGAAUACACUCCAACUACACACUAAAUACAUUCCGAAUACACUCUGAAUACACACCAAAUACACACUGAACACACUCCGAUUACACUCAGAACACACUCAGAACACACUCAGAACACACUCCAACUACACACCAAAUACACUCUGAAUACACUCUGAACACACCCUGAAUACACUCCUCUGUACAGACUCGUGUGUUUUAUGGUUCUCUAAGUCGGAACCCCUGAGAGUCUGGAAUUUAUUUAUUAUGAUGUAUUAUUUAUUACACUGGUGGAAAUCAGGGCAAAGUGUGUUAUUUAAAGUGAACACAAGUGAACAAUAGCAAUAGAUUCUUUAAAAUGAAAAUAUAUCAGAAAUGAAUUGUUUAAAAAACAUAAUAUUUUUUGAUUUAUUGUAGUUCCUGAGAGACGAGGAGGAGAAUCCGGUGUGUUAUCAUUUAAGGUUAGAAAAAGUGUUUGUGUGCAUUUUGAAUGUAAUGAAACAUUUAGCUCGAUCCUGAGCUCGGGUUACUGUCCCUGUGGGCUUCCUCCGGGUUCUCCGGUUUCCUCCCACCUCCCAAAAACAUGUCAGUAGGUUUAUAAGCCCCAUGGUGUGAAUGAGUGUGUGAAUGUGUGUGUGUGUGUACAGUGCACUGUGAUGCACUGGAAUCUCAGGGUGUAUUCCCGCUUUACGGCCAGUAUUCCCAGGGUGCUCAGCAUUCCCGGGAUCCACCAGUGCUUACUGAGGAUGAAGAGAUAAGAGAGUGUAUCUGCAGCUUCAUCUCUGCUGCUCUUUCUCUCAUCUCUAAUUUCCUAGUUUACAAACUCAGCCUGGAAUUUAAGCAUGCAUACACUCGUGUGUGCUAAUUAACUCGAGCGCUGCGUAAUAGAACUGGGACAGAAUCAAAGCGUUCACACCUCAGUGCAGUCUGAGUGAAGAAGCUGCUGUGUGUAUCGUGUGUGUGUGUUUAUGGCAGGAUUUCUGACGCUCCAGGAGUCGGCUCCGCUCCUGUCCUGCUGCUGUUUCAGUCUUUAACCAUCAUCUUGUUGAUAUGAAGCUAAUAACACGCUAAUGUUACCAUUACUUUAGUUUAAAAAGGACGAUAGAGCCGCUGUGCUGUGUAACUGCACCGUAGUGGAGUUCAGGAUUGUUGUUCAGAAGGUGUUGAGUCAGGUUUAUAUUAAUGCGCUUGUUCUCACACGUUAUUGUUUCUAUAGUAACAGCUCAUUCACAGGUACAGCGGAAGCUCCACAAAAACGGAUUUAAAAAAAAUUGCUGAUAUGGUGAAGUUUUCUGUAAGGAAAUUUAUUCGUUUAUGUAACAUUUACAGAAGGAGUCUCCAGUGUCAGCGCUUUGUAACAGAAAGAGGUAAAGCUGUAACUGCAAGUUUUCCGACAUCUUCAGGACAGAGGAGUUUACGCUUCUUUGCGGAUUCAUGUAGUGUUAAUUUCGUUAACGAAAACUAUGACAAAACAUGUCCGUCAACGACCUUUUUUUCCACGAUUAAGACGAGACGAUGACGAGACGAUGACGAGACGACGACGAGACGACAGCGAGGUCAUUGAACACUAACUGCGACUAUAUCAGCAUGCAGUAUUGUUGACGAAAAAGACGAGACUAAAAUGUAUCUUAAAAAAUACGAACUUUACUAAACUCUCUCUUUAUUUUCAUCGAUAAAAAAGAGGAGAUAAAAUAUCAUAGACUGUUUUUUUUUUUUUUAAUUACAAUCCAGAUAUCGUGUUCAUUGGACGGCAUGAGCGGCAGGUUCCUUUCCUGUGCUGCGAGCGGGAUAUCAGGACUAAGCAAGCGCAGUGAGGAGCAUCUUUCAAGCUAACGUUCAUUAAAUAAUGACAGCAACAGCUGGACUUUGGAGAUCAUUCAACCUGUGUGACAAAAAAUGAUUGGUUUUGGCUAGACUACAUUGACUGAAAUGUUAAUCAAUAAUAAUCUUAUGGCUAAAAAUGUCUACAGUUUCUGUGACUAAAACAAGAUAAGAACAAGAUAAGACUAGAUAACAAGAUAACACUAAAAUGCUCAGACUUUUAGUCAAAUAAAAAACAAGAUAAGGUUGACUAAAUAUGAUUUAAAAGAAAAUAAAAAUUAAAAAAAAACUAUCAGGGACAUUUGACACAGGACUAAGACUAAAUUAAAAUAUAGAUGACAAAAGUAACACUAGUAACAUGACCAACUGCGUUUUUUUGUCUUAUUAACUUGAAGAGAGAGAAGAAAGAGAGGCUGGUGAGGGAACCACUGUUUAUAGCUGCUAUAACGAAAGUAAUCAGCCGUUGAGUUCUGGAUUGUGAUUGGUCAGAAGAGAAGGUGUUGAUGAAUUUUCUGUAACAGCAGCUCGGACAGUAGUGCAGCUGCAGAUCUCAGAUGUAUGGCCGAUACACUCAGGAGCUCGGCACCUACGCCAAGGAGGAAGCGGCUCGCUUUCGGGCUGCAGGGGCUCGAAACCAAACGCCGGAUCAGCUGGAAUACGAAAAGAAUCCGUGUGUCAAGUGCCAGCUGUGCACUUCGCGCUGUCAGAGGUUCCUGAUUUCCCGUGUGGGUGAAGACUGGAUUUUCCUGAUCCUCCUGGGGCUGGUGAUGGCGUUGGUCAGCUGGGUGAUGGACUACACUAUCGCCUUCUGUCAGCAAGCACAGAAGUGGAUGUACGGAGGACUGGACAGUAACAUGCUUCUGCAGUACCUGGCCUGGGUUGCGUAUCCUGUGGUCCUCAUUACCUUCUCCGCAGGGUUUACACAAAUUCUUGCACCUCAAGCAGUGGGUUCUGGGAUUCCAGAGAUGAAGACGAUCCUUCGUGGUGUGGUGCUGAAGGAAUACCUGACUUUUAAAACCUUUGUGGCAAAAGUUAUUGGUUUGACUUGUGCCCUUGGUAGCGGCAUGCCACUGGGUAAAGAGGGUCCGUUUGUCCACGUUGCGAGUCUGUGCGCUGCUCUCCUGAGCAAAUUCAUGGCCCUGUUUGGAGGAAUCUACAUGAACGAGUUGAGGAACACAGAAAUGCUGUCUGCGGCGUGUGCUGUCGGAGUCGGCUGCUGCUUUGCCGCUCCUAUUGGAGGUGUGUUGUUUAGUAUCGAAGUGACGUCUACGUUUUUUGCCGUGAGAAACUAUUGGAGAGGAUUUUUCGCAGCAACGUUCAGCGCCUUCAUCUUCAGAGUGCUGGCCGUGUGGAACAAAGAUGAAGAGACGAUCACGGCUCUGUUUAAAACGCGAUUUCGUCUGGAUUUUCCGUUCGACCUGCAGGAACUCCCGGCCUUCGCUGUGCUGGGAAUCGCAAGUGGAUUCGGAGGCGCGCUGUACGUUUACCUGAACAGGCUGAUCGUCGAGUCGAUGAGGAAACAGAAAACCAUCAAUAAGUUUUUGCUAAAAAAGCGGCUGGUGUAUCCUGCUGUCGUCACUCUUCUCAUAUCAACUCUCACUUUUCCUCCAGGAUUUGGGCAGUUCAUGGCCGGAGAGCUCACUCAGCACGAGUCGCUCGUGGCGCUGUUCGACAACCAGACGUGGUACAAGCAGGGCGUGUCUGAGGAGUUCGAGUACUCGAGUCAGCCUCAGGCCUGGAAACACCCGCAGGUCAGCGUCUUCAUCACCCUCCUCCUCUUCAUCGUCAUGAAGUUCUGGAUGUCAGCCGUUGCGACGACGAUGCCAGUACCGUGCGGCGCCUUCAUGCCUGUUUUCCUCAUAGGUGCUGCGUUUGGUCGCUUGGUGGGUGAAAGCAUGGCGGCCAUGUUCCCCGAAGGCAUUCACAGCGACAGCACCGUGUAUCCCAUAGUUCCCGGCGGCUACGCUGUUGUAGGUGCUGCGGCGCUUUCCGGAGCGGUCACACACACCGUGUCCACAGCGGUGAUCGUGUUCGAGCUGACCGGUCAGAUCUCGCACAUCCUGCCCGUGAUGAUCGCCGUGAUUCUGGCCAACGCCGUGGCUCAGAGUCUCCAGCCGUCGCUGUACGACUCCAUCAUCAGGAUCCAGAAACUUCCGUACCUGCCGGAACUGGGCUGGGGCCAGGAGAAGUAUAAUAUCCGCGUGGAGGACAUCAUGGUGCGAGACGUACGUUACAUCACGCUGUCUUCUACGUACCGGGACGUGCAGGAGGCGCUGGUGACCGGGCAGCUGAAAACUCUCGCUCUUGUGGAGUCUAAAGAGUCGAUGAUCCUGCUCGGCUCUAUCGAGCGUUCUCAGCUCCAGUUCUUGCUCUCAGAGCAGCUCGGUCGAGGUCGACGGUUGGAGUACUUGAGAGAACGAGCGCAGGACAACGGCGCCCACGUCCCCUCGUCGUUUUCCCAGAAUUCCUCACCGAAAGCUUGUCGCGGCGUCCGCUUCCUGAUUUCCACGGAGGAAUCCUCGUACAGUCCGACUCUCACCAACUCCCAGAUUCCCCUCAAGUCCGCGCUGAAGACCGUCUCGUCCAUCAGCAACACCGACAGCCUGAGCAGUUCUCCGAGUCCGUCCUGUGGAGAACCGGUGAAGGAGCAGGUAGAGGAAGCCCCUAACGUCGAGGAUGACAUGUCGACAACAGAGAUAGCUGAGUGGGAGGAGCAACAGCUGGAAGAAGCCGUCUGCUUUAACAACUGCAAGAUAGACCCCGCCCCCUUCCAGCUCGUCGAACGCACGUCUUUGCACAAAACGCACACCAUUUUCUCGCUGCUCGGUCUGGAUCACGCUUACGUCACGAGCACCGGGAGACUCGUCGGAGUCGUCUCUUUGAAAGAGCUACGCAAAGCCAUCGAGGGCUCUGUAACGGUCACAGGCGUGAAGGUCCGCCCCCCUCUGGCGAGUUUCCGUGACAGCGGGACCAGCAGCAGCGUUUCCGAAGUAACCGAGCUCCACAAGCUCUGGAGUCGCCACAAGAGCCUGUCGUUGCCGCGGGAACCCAAAACAGCCGCCGAGCUCUGCGACGAGCUGGAGCAUCCGUCCGAGAGCAGCGUAAUGAACGAGACGGACUGCACCGAGGUCUUACACAGCGAGGACCAAUCAGAAGCCUCGGUGGCGGAGGAGACCCAGUCGGAGCUCGAGAACUUUUCAGAAAACUUUUCCGAACCGGCCGAAGAAAACGGCUCGGUCCAAAACGAGGAACUCACGUGCGAGGUUAACCCGUCAAACGCGGAGGACCAGCCGGAAUGACAGCCGCUGUGUGUUAGUUAAUGCACACUAACGAAUCUAAUGUACCGGGACAUCCAUGCACACGACCCUGCCUUCACACUAGCAAGCGACAACAUGGCAACACAUCAACGUUUCUUCGUGUUACGCUAAUUAGUUACGACGCUUUGAAUCUGAAUAAUUAGCGCCACUAAAUUCCAGUCUAAACCUGUAUGUGAUGUCAUACUGGAUUCGUUAACGUUAAAAAAAAUUGGCCAGAAUGCUAGCAGGCAUCACUGUUGCUGUUGUCAAAAUUGAUAACUAACACUAAUUUUCGAUUGGAAAAGCACAUGGUUAAUAUUUAAUAUUGAUAAAAUGCUGCGUGGUGUAACAGCUACCAGUCUGGUAGGGCGAAAAGGAAUGCUAACGCUAACAGAAGCUUAAGAGCAUGUAAUCGAAACAAUAUUAAAACAGUUAAACAAAUAAUUUUAAAAAAUAACAUGGUAAUUAUAACGUAAAACCACAGGGGAGUGACCUGAGCAUCUUGUCGCUUUUUGCAGUGUGAACGCUGGGUGAAUUCCGGGUCGAGGAGGAGCGUAUAAACAGCGAGGCACACUCAACACGCCGAUUCCGCUCACGUCCAAGUGAGAACCGAAUGUAUAGACGCCAUAGCGUAAACGACAUCUAGUAGGCAUGUGCCGAUGUUAUCAAAUAUUAUCACAACGUCGUCCUAUAGAGGCAGCUGAUAAACAGAAUUAUGGGGUUGCAACCUUUCAGCUGCCCUUGGGCUGUUCUCCAAUUGGACACACUUUAUUUCAGGAGCACAAACGCUGGCCAAAAAAAAAAAAGGAAAAAAGCAGCCUACCCAGGCAGGGUGCCAAUAUUUUUAAGCAGCUACGAUGACAAAUAUUGCGAUAGAUCGCACAACGGAUUAUCGGCGCAUGGCUACAUGUAGGUGUCAGAAUGAAUAUCAGAUUAUGAAAGGAGGAACUGCGUGUGUGUGUGUGUGUGUGUGUGUGUGUGUGUGAGAGUGUGACUAACUGAUGUGUGUGACUCAGCUGCACACCGAACCCACGUCCCCCCAUCUGGAGCCAACACUUUUCAUCUGUCUCCGAGAGCUAAGCUACAAUUUGGCUCUAAAUUUAGCCACUUAAUCGCCGCAGUGACGAUCAGAGAGAAGAACAGACGCGACAAAACGGACGGAGAGACAAAGAACGGCGAGAAGAACGGCGUGAAGAGGAAGAGGAGAGGUGGAACGAAAGAGAAACAAAGAGCGAACGAGGCCUAAGGGAGGCUGAGAUUUUACGUCACGUUGUAAUUAGCGUACGGUCAACGGUACACACGCUAGCUGAAAGCGGACAGUGGUGUGGUGAAACAUGAUUAACACACACACACACACACAUACACACACACAUACACACACACACACGUUAUUAAAGUAUGACAUGGGAUAUAGGACCUUACACACACACACACACACGCUGCAUGUAUUUCCACAGGAACCGGCCCAAACAUGAACCAACAGAGUUCCAGAUCAUUUCUCACUGUUACCACGGCAACUGCGUCAUCAUUACAUCACAACAGCGUUAUCAACGUUAAGUCACACGUGGUAGAUCCACUCAGAUUAGCAUCGUUCCUUCGUCUGAUUGGAUUGGCCGUUUGGUUCGCCAGCUCAUAUCGGCAGAAAAAAUAUGGAAAAAAAUUAUUUCAUCUGCGAUUUUUUUUUUACCCACCAAAAUCCACAUUGUAACAUAAUAAUAUAAUAUAAUUUCAAUUACAACGUGGUGAUUAUAGCAAGCUAGUCAUGCGCUUCAAUUUUCUUUUAGCAACAUACGAAACCGUAUAAUUAAAGAACGAACAAAAUAUGGGCGUGUCUCGAUCAGCUCGCUAGCUCGGUGGUGAGUCAGUAGAUCGUGUGCAGGAGUUCGGGCACUAGGACCCUGGGUCACUACACACCGCGACACUCAAACAGUAAAAAGAACAUUAAAUAAAUAAAAAUCUAACGUAAGUAAUCCUUUAGAGAGCUACAACAAUCAUAACAAGCUACUUACUUACAUUUGUAGAGGAAGUUGGCUGAGAGUUCAUCCGCCAUUUUUUUUCCAGCUGAGAGGGCUUCAGAAAAUAUGACAUCAUUUCCUGUAAGGGAACGUAGCGAACAUCGAUGCUCCCUGUUUUUUUGCGGUGCAUUGUGGGAUUUUUUAGUGAGCAAACGUUACAGAACUUAAAAUGGCCGACGUCCUGAUCAGCGUCCUGACUACUGAACUAGCGAGCUGAUUGAGACGCAGCUAAUGUUUUGGUUAGCUAGCAAACAAUAUCCUCCUACUGUAACUCAGACUCACUAGCGAUGUCCCCUGUAGUGAUUAACAACAACUGCUUGUCAACAAAAAUACAACACAAACAUAAAUGAAAAUAAAAUUGUAAGACGUUAUCUCUGCGCUACAAUUUCAAACAAAGUUGACGAUCUAACAAAAUAUUAUCUAAAUACUAUCAAAGUGUUCGGAGAUCUUACUGUUGCUAUAAACAGAAUAUAAUAUAAAAAGUUGUUUUUUUUUCAUUGGGAGUUAGUUUCUGGCUUGCUAGGUUAGCUAGCUAAAUUUACCUAGCUAACAAUAAUCUCCUGUAGUAACUGUAAGUUAAUUUAUUACUAAAAAAUUACAGUGCAAUUAAAUGAGAAUAACUUUGUAAAGACGUUAUCAAUGCAAUAAAAAAAAUGAAUACUUGUAAUUUUUAAAAAUAUAUAUAAAUAUUUUUGUUUGUGCUGUGUUUCUACAAUUUUAGUGUUGAUCCAGGCAGCACGUAAUAUGAAAAUGUGUUCCAUUUUUUGCUAGGUUAGCUAGCUAGCAAGCAAUAACUUGCUAACUUGUUAUAACUUUAAGUUAACCAAUUUGACCAAAAUAUCAUAAAAUGAAAAGAAUGUUUGCGUUAAUGUACAUAAAGAUAAACUCACUAUUAAACAUUUUACUAAUAUUUGAGUUUGUUUGACGUACGUUUGUUUUUCAGGAGUAGGCUUUUGUUUUCAAGGCUAGCAAGCUAGCAAGCAAUAACCUUCCUUACUAACUUUUGCUAGCUAGCAACAGUCUCUUGUGGUAAUUGUACCUUAAUCAAAAUGAACAAAACCAUAUGAACAAAAAAAAACAAUGCUGUUUAUUUCUGUUUGGUAUUUUUAGAAAUUAAAACACGAACAUUUGUGCAGGUUGAGAAAUAAAACCUGAGCAAACGAACAAAUCAGCAGCAUACCGUGUUGCAUUGAUAUGUAGCUCCGCCCCCUAUAAUACCAUUCAUCGGGUUCUGUUCCUGCCGAUCUUGAGCCGGGUCCUUCAGAACUUGACGGAACGAUGGCUGAUUGGAAAAGCACAGUUUUAUUAUGUGUAUGUGUAUAUAUAUAUACACACACACAUAUAUAUCCAGAUCUUUGUGCAAAAGUUUUUACACCCUCGUAUACACACACACACACACACACACAUCAUCAUCAUCAUAUGCAAAGCGGUGAAAUUUUGGAUUUAGGAUUUUAAAAGUCUGAAGAAACCAGAACCAGAGCAUGCAGUGCAUGCAGACACCCGAAUCCCAGGACGUCCACUUUACGUCCAUUUUGAGUCCACUAGUGAAAGCCUCAGUGUAAUUAACGCGGAGACAACAUCUGCGAAAACAAAACCACCUUCACGAGUUUGCAAACUUGUAUACUUCUGACACUUGUAUAGUCCUCCGGUACUGCAGGUGGCGCUGUUAACAUUUCGUGAAAACAUCCACGACUACAGGAAGAAGAUUGCCACUCUUCAAAACCAUCCAUCUUGGAACGAAUCUGCUUGGGCGCACCUCUUUACGAUCUUAAAUCGUAACAGCGCCACCUACAGUACUGGAGGACUUGUACGAAACUGCAACGAGAACUCGUGAAGGUAGUUUGUUCUUCGCGUUAUGUUAAGCUGAGGUCUUACGUAGGAUUAGAUGUGCUACCUAACUUUAUUUACAUGCAAAAGCUCUUCAUCAGGUACUUGAAGUAAUUCCGUGACUUUUUUACCUCCGAGGCCGGAUUCGGUCAAAGCUGCAAUGUUUGAGUUCCUUUAAAAUAGCGUGUAUUUAACAGCAAUCGUAGUUACACUGUAAAUUGCACCAUACAGUACGGUAGGCAUGUGCCGAUAAUCACUUAUAUAUAAUUAUAUAAUAAUAUUCAAAAUGCAUGAUGUUGUAAUUGUUGAUAAUUAUAUCUCAUAGCUAGCAUGUUUUCUUGAUGUUCUGUAAUGUUUUAAAGAGCCAUAUUUGUGUUCGUUCGUAUAUCGCCUAAAGUCGUUUCCACGGUUACGUUAAACUAGCUCACAUGAUGCGACCUAGACGUCAUCUCCAUCCUCGUGCACAAGUUGAGGUCCAGUGAUGAAGAAAGCGAAUGCUGCAAAGCGAACUUGAUCUGAUACAAAUGUUGACGACACGCUGGUUGGCACUUGAAGCGGCAUGUUACAAUUUAUCGAGUAACAAAAAAAAAGUUCAGAAAUUGUUGCACAGACGUUUAAUAUUUGCUAAUUUCGGACAAGCAGCACCUAACAGAGAAGUUUCUUCCAACUUAGGUUCCUGUUAACAGGUUCCUGUUAGCUGAUUUAAAUAGCUAGCAAUAACCUCAUAUGAUAACUUUAAUUAGCUAGCAAUAAUCUGUGGUAAUUAGUUAGUUAACAUAAACCUCUUGGGGUAACUUUAGCUAGCUAGUAAUAACCUUCUGUUUUAACUUUAGCUAGCAAUACCCUUCUGUAGUAAUUUUAGCUAGCUAGCAAUAAACUUCUGUGGUAACUUUAGCUAACUAUCCAUAACCUCCUGAGGUAACAUUAGCUAGCUAUCAAUAUUUUCCUAUUCUAGCCUAGCUAGCCAGUGUUAACUUUAGAGGUUUUAAUGUUUAUUUUUACAAGAUAACUCAACAAGAACAUUCUUCCCAGAAACACAAGUGUGUUCUUUACAUUCUUGCCAUACAGUGUUUGUUGCUAGCUAGCACUAGUUAGCAUUGUCUGUGUCUGUGUUUCAGCUAAGAAGAGGAAUUUGUCAAGUUUACAGAGACAGAUAAAUUUGAUUCUAAAGAAAAAAAAACAGAUAAUAAGCGUGGAAUAGCAAGCUAGCUAGUAAUAACCUUCUGUGGUAACCUUAGCUAGCAAUAAUCUCCUGUUUUAACUUUACCUAGCUAGCUUUAACCUUGUGUGAUAACUUUAACUUGAAGCUGCUAGCACGAAAUGCGCUAGUGCAGCGCGUCUCAAACUCAGGAGUAUUUCUGUUUUCGUGUCUUCGUGCAGUUGUUUUUACAAACUAACUCGACGAUAACAUUUCUCACAGGAGCUGAAGUCCGUUCCUCGUAUUUUUAGUAUGAGAAACAAUUAGCUAGCGCUAGUUAGCUGUGUUUAAAAAAAAAAAAAAAAAAAACUAACCAGCAAUGAUUAAAGGUAAACAGAAUCAAGACGAGAUAUCGGCACAUGUCUACAGUACGCUAGCGGCUGUAGUGAUGUUUUUAGGCCAUAUUCCACUCUGCUGCUAACGUUCUCCGUUAAACCCCUCACCUGUACUGUACAUUUCACCUGGAGUGGGUCGUAUUUAAUCGUAACUUACCUGCCUUCAUAUGCACUUUGAUUGCAGCCUGCAUAUUAGAACUAAAUUUCAGCUGCAAAGCUUUUUUGUUAUUAUUUAAUUUAUUUUAUUUUAUUUUUCUUAAACCAACUGUGCAAUAAUCACUUAUAUUCUUGCAACUAACGCUUGCCAAAUAAGAUUAUUAAGUCUUCGAAUGUCGUUUUUGAUUUAUUGUGCUAUGAAUAUGACGUAUGAUUCAUGUUUUUGUGUAUUUAUGAAGCACGGGUGGAUAACACUUUAUUUUAAGCGUAAUAUUUAAAUCUCGUUAUCGUUAAUCUCCUGUGAUAACAAUGGCUAGCUAGCGAUGUCCUCAUAUUAUAACUUUAUCUAAAUAGCAAUAUCAGUCUGUGAUAACUUUAGCUAGCUAUUAAACUUAGCUAUCAUUAACUUUUAGUUAGCUAGCAGUACCAUUCUGCGAUAACUUUAGCUAGCUAUCAUUAACUUUUAGUUAGCUAGUAGUAUCAUUCUGCUAUAGCUUUAGCUAGCUAGGAAUAGCCUUCUCUGUUAACGAUUCCCUCAUAUUAUAAAUUUACUUAGCUAGCAAUUACCCCCUGUGGUGACAUUAGCUUCGUAGCAAUGCCCUUACGUCAUAAAUUUAGCUAGCUAUCAUUAACCUUAUUAAGCAAAUUUCACAAGAGUUUAAUUAACCCCUUAUAUGUGUUGCUUAAAAUAAAGUGUUACCCAUGCGUGAGAUUUACGAUGUGUCCCAAACGCUAGUGUUUAAGAGAAGUGUUAUUAAGAAUUUCUUUUGCCAUGAUCUUCGAGAAAAUAUUUUUAGAUCAUUUGGGAUGGUGUCCAUAGCAUCUUUGUCAUAAAGAACAUGCGUAGCUGCGCUGUUGUAAUGUAUGCAGUAGCUGUAUGUUGUGGCUAGCUGGCUAGCUAGUCGGCUCAUUUCAAUCUGCAGAUGUGUUCAUUAAUUAUUAAGAAAAAUUUCCAUACAACUAAUACUCCGUACUCAAUUCCAUUCCAACUGAGGAAUGCUCACAAAUUGUCCAAAAAUUUAAAUUCUCACACUCCGGGUUAUUAAGAUCCCAAAUAACGAGAAUUUGUAUAAUUAGUUAAAAUGUACGUGUGGGUGAUUUACAAAGAAUAAUUGUGUGAAUGUGGUUGGGGGAGGGAACAAUAUUUAAAUAUUUAAAUGAGUUGUUUAGAUGUCACUCCCGGACGAGUUAAAGUAAUAAAACUGAAACUCGUGUACUUUUUAACAUGAUUAAAGGCGGUGAGAUGCAGCAAAGCUAAAAAGAAUUCUCCAAAGUGCUAAUUUUAUUUUUCACGCAUUUGUACAUUGUUAUUCUUACGACCCGAGCAACUGCGUGUGUGCAAUUGUGUGUUACCCACAAUGCAUUGUGAGCAUUUUAGUUUGAAUGAAUUCCUGUUUGUAAAGAGUUUGCAAAAUUCCUAUCGCUUUCAAAACAAACAAAAUGUUAUGCUAGCUACGUUAUCUGUAACGGAGCUAAAGAUCGCAUGAGCUUAGCAUCCCUGAGUUGUAGCUCAUGUAGCUAGCAAACUAAUCGUACCUAGCUACAUUAGGACAAGAAGGGUCCAUUUAGCAUCUGAAAAGGUUCCUUGGUUUGGUUUCUCUAUGUAGAACCCUACAGCAGAGGGUUCUUCUUUCAUAAAGAGUUCCUCUUCAUAAGUUCCUUGGUUCCAGGAACCUUUUCUGACAAUUCUGACAAUUGCACAAAUUUCUUUGAGAUGUUUUUUUUUUUGUUUGUUUGUUUUUUUUUUUUGACACCAUCCCAAAAAAUUUUAUUUUAAAGUAGAAGUUUUAGUUUUUUUUCUCUCAUCACACUCUUGGCUAAUUUCUGGGCCAGAAACAUCUAAAUCGAAGCUUUAAAACCAGCUACAAUGGUACGAGAAUUGCGAAUGCAAUUUCACGAAUCACAGUUUUUCUACAGAUUCUUUAAAAUCGUGUGAUCGUUACAGGUCUGGGGACAUUUUUAAAAUGUACAAACCGUAACUUUAAAUAUUUAACCAUUCCUUGCUAGAAUGAGGUCUACUCACCUUAAACACUAGUGUUGUGGACAGAGUCAGUCUCUCUCUCUCCCUCUCUCUCUCUCUCUCUCUCUCUCUCUCUCUUCCUUUUUUCCUUUUCCAGAAAUGCUUGCUUUGUCUUUCUGUGCAAAGUCAUUAUCAAGGACAUCACUGAUUAGAUCCUGCUGUUCCCGUCUGCUGUGUCACCGUUAGAUUGCAGAUUCAUGUGAAAAAAAAAACAAAAACAAAAAAAAACGACACUGUUCUCCAUUCAGUUGUUUAUGUGCUAUUAAAUCAGGCUUGUCAUGUAAAAUACUGAACGCUAAUCAACUGCACAUUUAACGUAGAGUUAAGCAAUAAGUCUGCACUCAUGUCCCUGAAUGCUAAAAGCCUGUACAGAAAUGACGUUACGUAAAAAUGUUUAUGAACCUAGCACACGCGGCCUGUACAUAUAGAGGAUAUGCAUAUGGAAUCAACAGUUGCCAUUAUUUUUCAGAAAUAAAUACAUUUUUGGGUUUUUUUUUUUUUUUUUUUUUUUUUUUUUUU